AUAUAAGGAUAGGAAUUCACAAAUAAUUGCAUGCAGCGGAGAAUUAUAAGAUCGAUCGAACAACGCCUGGCGAACUGUCGAGGGCCUCUCGAAAUACUGUUCUAUCUCUAAAUUAUCCUGUAAUUAAGAGCCAUGGUUCUAGAGCUCCAAAUCCUUGCCCUCUUCCUUCUUUUUCUAAUCUUAACCAUUCUCUAUAGAAUUUUCCCAUUUCAAUCGAAGCUGCCACCAAGCCCUAUAGCAUUACCAAUAAUAGGGCAUUUCCAUCUCCUCGGCCCUCUCAUCCACCAUUCUUUCCACAAACUCUCCCUUCGUUAUGGUCCUUUGUUUUCCCUCCGUCUUGGCUCAGUCCCAUGCAUCGUAGCCUCGACACCAGAAUAUGCAAAAUUGCUUUUGAAAAACAACGAUCUUUCCUUCAGUUCACGUAUGCAGACCAUCGCCAUUUCCCACCUUACCUAUAACUCUGCCUAUGCAUUUGCGCCGUAUGGACCGUAUUGGAAGUUCAUGCGGAGGUUGAGCACAAACGAGCUCUUGGGAAGCCAUACUAUGAAGAACUUCCUCUCACUUCGAGAAAGGGAAUACCGCCGGCUCUUGCGGUUUUUAGCCGGCAAGUCUGAGGCUGGCGAGGCUGUCAAUGUUACGGAGGAGUUGUUGAAGUUGUCCAACAAUGUCAUCUCUGAAAUGAUGCUUGGUCGGGCCGAGGAGGCUAGGUCUGUAGUGCGUGACCUGACGCGGAUUUUAGGGGAGUUUAAUGUGUCUGAUUACAUAUGGUUUUGCAAGCAUCUGGAUUUGCAGGGAUUUGGUAAGAGGAUUGAGGACAUUCAUGGGAGGUUCGAUGCUUUGGCGGAGAAAGUUAUUGCAGAGCGUGAAGAGCUGAGGAAAAAGAAGGAAAAUGGAGAAAGAGAAGAUACUGGUGAUGAUCAGCCUCGGGUCAAGGAUUUUAUUGACAUAUUGCUUGAUUUUUCAGGGGAUGAAAGCUCGGAGAUAAAGCUGACUAGGGUUCAUAUCAAAGCCCUCAUCGUUGAUUUCUUCUCAGCAGGCACAGAUACAACAGCAAUUGCAACUGAAUGGGCAUUAGCAGAGCUUAUCAACCAUCCCGAGGUGCUGAAAAGAGCUCGCAAGGAGAUUGAGGAUGUUGUCAAAAGUAAAAGAUUAGUGAACGAAACAGAUGCUCCAAAUCUUCCGUACGUCCAAGCCAUCUUAAAGGAAACCUUUAGGCUUCACCCACCACUGCCUUUGGUCACAAGAAAAUGUGUACAAGAUUGUAAGAUUGGAAACUAUGUCAUCCCAACAAACACUAUGUUGUUUGUGAAUGUGUGGGCCAUUGGAAGGGACCCCACUUGUUGGGAAAACCCACUGGAAUUUCAACCUGAGAGGUUUUUAAAAUCUGAUCAUGAGAAAAAUAUGGGUCCCAUAGAUGUUAGAGGACAGCAUUUCGAACUUUUGCCAUUUGGAUCUGGGACGAGGCUUUGCCCUGGCCUCAACUUGGCCAUGCAAGAGUUGCCUACAUUGCUUGCGGCUAUGAUCCAGUGCUUCGAUUUUAAGGUGGUUGGGAAACAUGGCAAGUUAAUUGAUGACGAACAAGAUAUUGCUCUUGUUGAUAUGGAUGAGCGGCCAGGAUUGACAGCCCCAAGAGCCUGUGAUCUUGUUUGUGUACCAGUAGCGCGCUUCAAGCAACUUAAUAUCCUUGACACAUAAAGAUCACAUGAUCUACCCUCGAGCGGCAGCGGAGUCGAAAAUUCAUCUUUGAAGGGGCGAACUUAUUUUAAUUUAGGGAUAAUAACGUUUUGUAUAUGAUUUAUAUCUUCCAAAUAUAAUAAUAAUAAUACAAAACUAAUCAUCAGACAAGUCACUGCAACAUUUUGUGGCUUUUGCCACGAAUUCUUUUUCUUCGGCUAACUGUCGUGGAAAAAAGUGGUUUUUUGUCACCAAAACGUUUGGAGAGAAUAAACAUAGACAUUUUCCUAUGAAA